AUGCGCAAGAGCAGCAGCGUUUUAACUCGACAUAUUGCGCGGGACGUAAAAAGCCGGGCUAUGAAGCCAAAGAAGCGAAAAACAAGAAAGAACAACGCGAAGUGCGUCCACGGCGUGACGACCGCGAACGAAGCCGUAGCCAAGGGCGGGACAGACGCGAUCGAUCAAGCGACCGCCAUGAGCCACGAAACCAUUAUUCAGGCUACCGCUCGCAAUCGCGCGAAAGAGACGGUGGUCGUCCGUACGAACGACGUGAUGAAAACCGCAGUUCCCGUUAUGGACCGCCCGACAGCAAACCCAAGCAGCAAGUGGGAUUUGCGAUGCGACGUGGCCGAAGCCCCGCUCCAUCCCAUGGAGGAAUUUUGCGCGACCGCGAAGGGAAACGAGAUGCUGGGUGGGGACAUACACCCCGGAGCAGCAGCCAGGAGAAAAACCGUGUAA